AUGGCUCAUCUGAGGCGAUUUGAGGGAAUUCCCAUGUCUAAGACCAUGAGAGGAAUUUGUAAAGAAGAGGAUUAUGCUUUCCUCUGCAACCUGGAAGAUGCUCAGCCUCAGGCAGAAGAAGAUGCCAGACCAAUGGAUGAGGAAAAAAGGGAAAGGCACGAGGAGAGGAUCCGUCGUAUGCAAGAGAGAGCACAGAGAGAAGAGGAGAGAAAAAGAGAGCUGGAAGAGAAGAGAAAGCAAAAGGAGGAGGAGUGGAAGAAGCAUGUGGCAGAGCUGGCCGCUGAGAGGGAGGCAGCCAUGCAAGAAAGAGCACUGCGGCUGCGAGACUUCAGGUGCCCCUGA